UUAUCGCCCUAUAUUCACCAAAUUACUAUGCGUUUACUUUGUGGAGAACUAUUACUACUUCCUGUCCCGACUGCGCUGCUGCACGUCAACUUGAUGUUGGCUGACCGCAUUUAACUGCGCGUCUCUCUGCCAGGAUGCAGCAACUUGAUCAGAUGGACUCGGAAUGUCGAGAAGCUGACGCGCCGUUAUUCUGUGGACCGUUCACUUUCCUCAGCGAAGCUUUUCCUCAUGCCAUUGCCGCUUACGUGCUACGAUAGAGCGGCAAAAACACUCCAUUGUUUUGAGGACUUUUUGACCGUGGUACAACAGGCUUAUCCUGAUUGCUUUUUCCUCCUCAUUUGGACACUUUGACUGCGUAAUUACGCACGACAGGCAAAAGGGAAUGGCUCCUCGUCGAAGACAAAAAGCAGGACUACAAAAUAUUUUACACGUGUGCCUCUCCAUCUCUGUGGUUUUCUCGUACAAUAUAGACUUGGAACAUCCCUUGGUGUUCCGUGGACCCGAAUCUAGUUUUUUUGGCUACUCCGUGCUGGAGCAUUAUCAUGACAACACGCGCUGGGUCAUCGUCGGGGCUCCCAGGGCCAACUCUACCUACAGUAGUUCUGCGCAAGCUCCCGGUGCUGUGUUCAAGUGCAGAGUCCACAGCAACCCGGAGCGCCGCUGCACAGAGAUGGACUUGGGAAGAGGAAACAAGCCCCAAGAGUCUUGUGGGAAGACGUGCCGAGGGGACAGAGACGAUGAGUGGAUGGGAGUGAGCCUGGCCCGCCAGAACAGAGCCGACGGCAGAGUACUAGCCUGCGCCCAUCGCUGGAAAAACGUCUACUACGACUCAGAGCACAUCCUCCCGCAUGGAUACUGCUCCAUCAUCCCGUCAAAUCUCCAGAGCAGGACGCAGCCGCUCAUCCCGUGUUAUGAAGAUUAUAAGCAGAAGUAUGGGGAAGAGCACGGCUCCUGCCAAGCUGGGAUAGCGGGAGUUUUUACAGAGGAGCUGGUGGUGAUGGGGGCCCCUGGGUCGUACUACUGGACUGGGACAAUUAAGGUUUACAACUUGACAUCUGACACCUUCUACAGCCCAAACAAAGAUGACGUUGACUCCCACAGAUACAGCUACCUUGGUUACGCUGUGACUGCAGGACACUUCUCCUCUCCGAAUGUGAUUGACAUAGCUGCAGGAGCGCCUCAGCACAAUGGCAGCGGGAAGGUUUACAUUUUCAAAAUUGAUGGCGUAUCUUUGGUGAAGAGCUUUCAAGCAUCAGGGAAAAUGAUGGGCUCUUACUUUGGCUCCUCAUUGUGUGCAGUUGAUCUGAAUAAGGACGGCCUGUCAGACCUGCUGGUGGGGGCACCCAUGCACAGCCAGCUACGGGAUGAGGGCCGUGUAUCUGUGUACCUCAGCAAGGGCAAUGGAGUGAUGGAGGAGCAGGCGUUUUUGACCGGGGACAAUGCUUACAAUGCUCACUUUGGAGAGUGCAUUUCCUCGAUUGGAGACAUCGAUGACGAUGGCUACCAAGACGUAGCCAUUGGAGCACCAAAAGAGGACGACUAUGGAGGAGCUGUUUAUAUUUAUCAUGGGGAUGCCACGGGAAUCAUCAGCAAAUAUUCCAUGAAAAUAACCGGGCGCAGUGUCAACCCUAGUCUCCAGAUGUUUGGACAGGCGAUAUCUGGCAAUGUGGACAUGGACGACAAUGGAUACACAGAUGUCACAAUAGGAGCUUUCAUGACGGAUAGUGUAGUGCUACUGAGGUCCCGGCCUGUCAUUACAGUGGACGUUUCCAUCUUCUUGCCUGUGUCCAUCAACAUUUCUAUACCUCAUUGCCACGAGGCUCAGCACAUGAAUUGCUUCAUUGUCACGGUCUGCAUCCGCUUCCAUGGAAGACAACUUCCUGGACAAAUGGAGCUGCUCUACAACCUGACAGCUGAUGUGGAUAAAAGACAAAAGAGCCUGCCUUCACGGGUUUACUUCAUUCAGAGCGGUUCUCAGAUCAGUCAGAAGAGCCAGCAGCUCAGCCUGGAUAUCAACAGGAAUGAGUGCCAGCGCUAUACUGCCUAUGUCAAAAAGGAAGUGAAAGAGGUGUUCACAGCCAUCACGUUUGAGGUGUCCUACAGCCUUGGGAAGCACGUACUAAGUGGAGACCUGGGGCGAGACCUGCCCUCCCUCACUCCAGUGCUACGGUGGAGGAAAGGAAACAAGAUCGCAGUGAGGAAUGAGACUUGGUUUGAGAAGAACUGCGUGUCGGACGACUGUGCUGCGGAUCUGCGGCUCCAUGGAAAACUGCUGCUUUCUGGGGUACAUAGCAAGCCCCAUUUGGCCCUGGGAGGAGUAAAGAACGUCUCAUUGAAUGUGACCAUCUCGAACGCUGGCGACGAUGCCUACGACACCAACGUCUAUCUCAACUUCUCCCGAGAGGUUUUCUAUAUCAACUUCUGGCAGAAGGAAGAGAAGGGUAUUUCCUGUGAACUUGUUGACUUGGACUUCCUCCGAUGCAGUGUGGGAUUUCCCUUCAUGAGAGCACAGACUAAGUAUCAUUUUGCAGUCCUUUUUGACACCAGUCAGAUCUCUGGAGAAAAUGAUACAUUGCAGUUCUUGGUGCAAGCAAAAAGCGCCAAUCCAGAGCACAAACUCUCUGACAAUGUUGUGGAUCUUUCCAUCCCGCUUAUUCACGAGACUGACACAACAAUUACUGGUGUGGUGACACCGAGCUCCUUUGUAUAUGGAAACUCCAUCGACGCCUCACGCUUCGUUCAGCUCGACGACAUGGAGUGCAACUUCCAGCCUCUCAAUGUCACUUUCCAGGUGAUAAAUAACGGGCCCAGCCGGCUGCCAGGCUCCACUGUUGAUAUCAGGAUACCCAACCGGCUGGCUGGCAAUGGAGCUGAUAUGUUCCACAUUGUUGAGACACAGGUGGCUGACAACCGAGGAAACUGCACCCCCCAUAGGAACCCGACACCUUGCACCAUCCCCCAGGAUCGAGAGAGCAUCUUCUACACAAUAGUUGCCUUUUUCACUAAAUCAGGCCGCAAAGUCAUGGACUGCGACCGGCCAGGCAGACCAUGUAUGACAAUCUCCUGCAGUCUGGGGCCGCAGCUCAAAGAAGAAGCUUUGAAUAUAGAUCUAAAAAUUUUACUCAACACUGAAAUUCUGAAGAGGGAUACCUCCUCAGUGGUUCAAUUUGUGACACGUGGCCACGUGCAAGUAGACGACAGGACGGUUGAGGUGCCCAAAGGCCUGCCAGAAGACAUCUCUCUGAUCUUCGAGGCGCUGCACAGUCAAGAGCCCAGAGGCUACGUGGUGGGCUGGAUCAUCGCCAUCAGUCUGCUGGUGGGGAUCCUCAUCUUUUUGCUCAUGGCUGUGUUGCUGUGGAAGAUGGGCUUCUUCCGUCGGCGGUACCGCGAGAUUAUCGAGGCAGAGCGGAACAGGAAGGACAGCGAUGAUAGUUGGGACUGGAUGGAAAAGAACCACUGAGACCAGCGGUCGUGGCGGUGGGGUGGGGUCCCUGUGGAGCCAAAGACAUUUCGGAAUUGGUUGGGGACGAAUACAAUGGCACCGGGCUCCUUUAUAGCCUUGCCACCCUGGUGGCACCAGGCCCAUCAAGCCUUCCAUAUGUGGAAGAAGAAGAAUAUUCUCCAUAUUUUCUGGAGACUUGAUAUGUUUUGGAGGGUGAGAGGGCCGGGAACAUGCGAGGUGACAGCGUGGCCUGCCAGAAGACGAAGAAUUAUGAUAACUUCCAGCUGGCGACACGGAGCUGCCGGUGUAAGGUCCGAAUGCGGACACUGGUGGGCAACAAAAACCUCAGGGCUGUGUUUCAUAGCAACUUUAUUUUUAUACACUUUUAAGCCAUAUUGUGCAAAAAGUGGUCUCGGAGAGGCGUUAGGGCCGUUCUAAACAUACUGCGUCUAUAGUAUGUUUUCCUAAAAGCACUGGUGUCUGAUACGCCUGAACGCCUCAACGACAGAGAUCCUGCCCAGAACAGAUUUGACGUGUUUCGUAUUUUGACAGUGGACAAUUCUCUCUUUUCAUUGAUCUUCCUUUUUAAACUAAUGUUGUCUUUGAGACGCACGCGCACACACACACACACACACACACACACACACACACACGUUUUUAACACUGUAGCCUCUGCUGCUGUUGUGGAGUUGGCCCACAAGCGCACUGAAUGUGCUGGCCGAGGUCAUGCUUUCUUAUCAUCUAUAUCAGUUGUUUUUCCCAACAUUUAUCGACCCAAGGCACAUAUUUUGCAGAAUAAAAUGUACAUCACCACUUGAAAAAGUCACCAAAAAAAUCAGACGUGGAGAUGAAUUCCCUUCUAGUGAAAAUGCUUGGAAUUGCUCUACCUGUGUCACUGGCAUAGAUAUAUGAACAAAGAUACGGUAUUUGUGGAAAAUGCAUUUUUUUUCCAGAGCAAUUAAGUGAAAAUGGAUUUUCAAUUUUCAACGCAAUUGGCUGGCCACCGGUUGAGGGCGUACCCCGUCUCGCACCGAGAUAGCUGGGAGAGACGUGACCCUAUUGGGGAUAAGCGGUACGGAAAAUGGACGGAUUAUUUCUUGCGAUCCGAUCUGAUCUCUCACGGCACACUGGUUGGGAAUCACUGAUCUAUAUUGAAUAUGAAUCUUGAGUCAAAAAUCCUCCUGCCAGAAUCUUCAGAUUUGUGGCAUUCCUUAUAAUUGCUUGACUUCUAGUUUGCCUAUUCAGGUUGUAAUUUUCAACAGAAAAAAAAAAUCAGUCUUGCUGACCAACUCGUUCUCCCUUUUCAGUGAUGUUUCAUAUGAAGGACUAUUUUUAAAGUGCAAUGUGCUCAUUCUUCUCAAAAUCAUUGCUCAAUAUGUAAAUGACUGACCCUGAAAAUGAGUACCGUAAAUAAACUCACCUGACACAACAUUAGGGACACCUGCGCAUUCUCAUUUCAGCGACUGCGGUGGAACCUCAAAACUGGAGCGCAAUGUGUACUGUGAUACUCGCUGUUCUACUUUCAAAACAAACAGAAUAUAAAUUAAUGCUCUGCAUGGUCAAACUUUCAUCAUCAUAAAAUCUUGUUUUGAAUGGGGAUGUUCAAUCCCACUUUUUUUCCAGACUGAUAACAUUGUACAUAUUACCUCUUGAGUACUUCUGGUACUUUUGAUACAUAAAACUUCAAUUAUCACAAUGAAAGAUUGUGAUGACACGCGUUUUUGUUUUUUGAUUCCGAGAUGCGAUGAUAUGUAGGCGGAACGGUGAAUCAGCUGGUAAAGCGUUGGCCUCACAGUUCUGAGGUCCCAGGUUCAAUUCAGGCCCUGGUUGUGUGGAAUUUGCAUGUUCUCCCCGUGCCUGCGUGGGUUUUCUCUGGUUUCCUCCCACAUCCCAAAAACAUGCAACAUUAAUUGAACACACUAAAUUGCUCAUAAGUGUGAUUGUGAGUGCGGCUGUUUGUCUCCAUGUGCCCUGCGAUUGGCUAGCAACCAGUUUAGGGUGUACUCCCCCUCCUGCCUGUUGACACUUGGGAUAGGCUCCAGGACUCCCUGCGACCCAUGUGAGGGUAAGCGGGAAAGAAAAUGGAUGGAUGGAUGAUGAUCACUGUGUACCACCAACUACUGGUGAGCGGGACUUCCAGUCAAUUUCAGAGUUUAUUAGAUUUUUUUUUUUUUUUUAUCUUAAGUAUCGGUGGCUGGUAUCGGCCUCUUACAUGAAGUGCCCAACACAUUGAAGUAAGGAUAGCGUCAGCCUCAUACUGAUCGGUAGUAGCCCAUCCCCAAUUUUAACACGCAUUUGAAUAUUCUUGACUGUCAUAAAAGUGUAAGAAGUUAACCACAAAUAAAUAAACAUAAAUAAAAUAGUAAAACUACUCACCUAUUGAAGAUUCCUGACAGAUGGAACAUAGUUGGAGCAUGAAGGUGCUGUUCGUAGAACGUGUUGUCACUUUGGCUGUAAUAAGCAUUGCUAGAAUUAAUGUUAAUCAGUGAUUAUUGUCUGCUAACUUGUGUAUGGAAUAAAAUUGCACAUGCAUACUGUAAUUCGGGUUAGGGUUUGUGCUCUUUUUCUGGUCUAUGGUUAUUAUUACACUUUUCCUCUUUUACUGUCAGUGGUACCCUGUGUGGGGCCAUCAUUAAAAAAAAAAGUCAAUUAAAAAUCAAAACCCUUUCCAUAUUAUUAAAACUCACCAA